AUGUCUUAUCUAAAAACUUCUAAUUCUCUAAACGCUUGUUCUGCGCAGGCCUGCAUGGAGGGAGAAUCGGUGAUGAACCAUUCUGAUGGGUCACUCUGUGCUAAAGAGGAGAGAAGCGAUGCCUAUGGUCCCGGUAGUAACAAAUUUGAGGAUGGGGGAUUAGGAGUGGACUCAAAGUCACGUGAGUAUUUUGGGGACAAUUUCUAUGACAACUGGGAAGAGAGAGCCGUCGACGGUAUUGCAAAGCUUGGAUGUAUUAAUUUCAAAGAAAUAACCGCUGAGAUUAUGAUGUGUCAUUUUUCGGAUCGAUCAGUUGCAUUUUUGUUUUACAGUUUGUAUGCGAAAAUGAAUGGUUUUGCUGUGAGGAAGAAUAAAAUUCAACGGAAUGUGAAGAAUGAGGUUACACAACAAGAAUUUGUAUGUUUUCGGCAGGGCUCAAGAGAUAUAGGGUUUGUUAACGACGGAUUGCGACAGAAACGUGAGGCGAAGGCGGAGACUAGAUGCGGUUGUGAGGCAAAGAUGCGAGUUCACGUGCACUUAGAAAGUGGUAGAUGGAUAAUAUCGUACUUUCAGGAAGUUUACAACCACAAAUUUUUAGAGGAUAGACUAACCUGUAUGCUAUCGGGGCAUAGGAAAAUGGAUGCAGUCAUUGUGGAACAAAUGAACAUGAUGCUGAAAGUUGAUAUUAAAAUGCCACAGAUUUAUUCGUCUUUUGUGCACACUGGUGAGGGAUUCCAAAAUGUUCCCUUUCUAAAGAGGGAUAUGUAUAACCAGAUAGGCAAGCAACGGAGACUCAUAGGUGGGGAUGCGAUGUCUUGCCUUAAGUUCUUGGAAUCCACAGCGCAAGAGGAUCCAGGAAUAUAUGUGCCAUUUGAUGUGACAUAUCAGAAGAAUAAGUAUAUGUGUCCACUGGUUGUGUUCUUUGGAGUCAAUCACCAUAACCAAACCAUUGUGUUUGCUGCUGCGCUAGUGGCAAGUGAGAAUGAGCAGACUUACACCUAG